AUAUCUUCAUUUUUAAUUAAAUAAUUUAAAAUAAAUACACUCAGAAAAAUCUUUGUUGGAGGUCGGAACCACGGAACUAUGGCCACCCUGCUCCUCCGCUUGUCAACAAAGCCGCCACCGCAGCCUGCUGCUGCGCUUAGCUUCCUCUCGCCGGACUUUCGAUUCACUAGGCCCAGAUUUGUCUUUCACCGCUCCCAUGACCCAACUCUUAGAAUACCCUCAUCGUAUCGAAAUGGCAACGGAAGCAACACCCCACCCCUACCGGAGACAGAGUGCCCUGUUCCGCAGGACCAACAGCCCAUUAACGAGUACCAGUCUCUCUCCACCUCCUUCCCCUUCUCUUGGGCGGCCGGUGAUCCUGUUGAGUAUUGUUCUCGCCUGUUGGUCACCGGCGCUUCUUUCGCGCUCUUCAUCGGCCUACCCGUGUCCUGGUUUGGGGCCGUGGGGGUCGACCACGAGCCGCUGAAGCGGAUUCUGGCAGCCCUUUCCAGUGGGAUAAUUUUCGUUACGAUUGCCGUUCUGAGGAUGUAUCUGGGUUGGGCUUAUGUUGGGAACCGCCUGCUCAGCGCCACUGUUGAAUAUGAAGAGACAGGAUGGUACGAUGGACAGGUUGCUGCAUAUGGAACAUUGCCACCCUAAGAAUUAACCGACUAUAAGAGCAUCAAUCAACUGUAUUUGCAUUGUUGCAUAGGAUGGAUCACUGUUUAAGGCCAUUAACUGGUGUCUGCGUAUAUGUUCCCAUUUUUGCUGCUAUUAGCUGUUAAAAACUUCAAAUGUGCUAAUAAAUUCCUAAAUGGCCUUUCUUUGUCCAUUAUGUAUCUGAUAAUUCACUAAUUUAGUUUUAAAAUCCAGUCAUUAUAUUAGAUGGGGGUGGGAUGUAGCUUGUGCUUUUGAAACUUUUAUGCAUCAUGGAUUCUUUCUCACAGUAGCAGUGGUUGGUAUGGUUGGAGGGAUUAUAGAGGUUUAUGUAAUCAUGUUCCAAAUUCUAUAUUCCUGAUGUUUGAAGUUGAAGUGAGAGUUUGUUAGUCAUCAUAGAGGUUUUAGUGGUGCUAGACUCAUCAUGGUUGCACAAAAACAUGCAGUGUUGAAGACUGAAACAAAUUUCCUGAACAGAUAUGGGUGAAGACUGCUGAAGUUUUGGCACGUGACAGGCUUCUUGGUUCAUUUUCAGUCAAGCCUGUGUUGAGCAGAUUAAAAUACACUCUGGUAGCUCUUGCAGCCUCCUUGUUUAUAUCCAUUCUUGUCCUCAUAAAUGUAGAGGGAGACCAAAAGAUUUCCUCAAUGUCAUCUGACCAAGCUCGGAGUCGAGCUAUUCCUGGCGUUUACAACGAGGAUUCUGCAAGAACAUUCGAACCAGAUGGCUUCUGUGGUGAACCCAGUAUUCCCUGAACAAGUCUCUAAGUAGCUCUCAACACAUCCAUAUAUUUGUGUAUAGUCCACUAAAUAUCCGCGAAAAGAUCCUUUCAUCCUUUGUCUCUUUGGUGUAUAUCAUAGUUACAUGCUCUAAACUCUGUCAUGAAACCUUAAGUAAUCACAAGUUUAUUGUUU